AUGCUUCCUCUAGGAGUUGUAGCCUAUCCUUCGGUUGGUGCCGGUCCUCUGGGUGACGGGUCGUCGUCUAUCUGGAAAAAGCCCAGGGUACUCAAGCUCAAACGCGCCUUGUCGAAGCAGAGAACACCAUCUCGCGAGGCUGCAAGUUCCCACAUCCCUUCGCCUGGCCUCACUGGAUUGAUACCCGCCCCUGUUCAUGCUGAGCAUCCUCCUGCUGUCGUCACCCAGUCUUCCUGUUCGACGAAGCCCAGGCCAAAGCACGUUCCCAUUCUUAUCCCGCACUAUGUUCCGAGCGUAGCACCAGACAGUCCUUGUACAUCUUGUGGACUUAGCUCAUCCAGAACCUCUACGACAGUAUCCAGUGGCCAUCCUAGUCUUUCGAGCUUUCCUCUGGCCCGCGGUUCUGUUGGCGAUUCUUCUAGCAUUAGGUCGCGGCAUGUGGAGAUCGUGAUUCCAGACUGGGCUUUACCUAUCCAAAGAUUCUCUACAUCGCCCAUUACCUUUCCCUUUGAUUGGGACGUCAAAUCACCCGUCUCACCUCCUUGGCUCUUGAGUUCGACCAGGAUGAUGGCCCGUCAAACGCCGAACACGAGCCGGACAAACACCAUCGACUCGCAAACCUCGGCACCGUCGCCAUCGCAGUUUGUCAACUCUAGCCAAACAAGCCUUCAUCGCCAAGAUGGUCAAGAUGGAGAACGACCGCCUACUUCAUCUGCGAGGACGCCAGGCUUAGGUGUUUCACCUGCAUUGAUGCAGACGGCAGGGCUCGGUACACCCUCUAGCUCAACAUCUGGACUUUCCGGCUUGGUCUGUAAUGUUCAUCGGACGACGGGUCGUGAACCGCACCCCUUGGUCGGCGCAACGACUACCAUAUUGGGCGACAAACUCUAUGUAUUUGGGGGCAGGAGGCUGUCUAGAACGCGACCACAACUCACUUCGGAUCUUUACGAGCUUGAUCUGAUUAAGCGACAUUGGACGAAGAUUGAUGCGAAAGGCGAUUUACCCCCGCCCAGGUACUUUCACAGUGUAUGCGGUUUGGGAGACACAAAGCUCGUCUGUUACGGUGGCAUGUCCCCUGCGUCUCAACAGCCGAACCAGUCGGCCGCGGUACCACAGGGUACUCCUUCAGAUGCACAGCCAGAGGUCGUGGUCAUGUCCGAUAUACACAUCUAUGACGUCCCCACCAGAACAUGGAUGCACAUAGCAACACCCGAUGCUCCACAGGGCCGAUAUGCACAUUGUGCAACGAUUCUACCUUCGGCUGCUGUCUUCUCCUCUACGAACGCCACGUUGACAGCGAUAAGGCAUAAUCCAUCCUCGACAUUGCCCAAUCAAGGAUCUAUUGGAGUGCAGCUCGACGGGGAGGGUGGGGCUGAAAUGGUCGUUGUUGGUGGCCAAGACAGUGCCAAUCACUACAUCGAGCAAGUGAGCGUCUUCAAUCUGCGAAGCCUGAAGUGGACAGCAACCAACCCGUUGGGCAGGAGUUGCGGCGCAUAUAGAAGUGUCGUAGCUCCCCUUUCAACCAUGGAUCCAGGUAAGCUGGGAAUGGGAACACCCGGUACACGGAGCGACAGCGACAGCCCUGCGGAAGACGCACCAUCCAGAAGCGGCGGCGCCUCUUCGAUGCUUAUCUACUCAAAUUACAACUUUCUGGAUGUAAAGCUUGAGCUACAGGUCAGACAUCCGGAUGGGACUUUAUCCGAAAAGACAAUGCAGGGUGAUUUCUCACCGCCCGGCCUACGCUUCCCUAAUGGUGGUGUGAUUAACAAUCAUUUUGUCGUAAGCGGCACUUUUUUGACAUCUUCGAAACAAGAGUAUGCCCUUUGGGCACUCGACCUGCGCACGUUGAGCUGGGGUCGGAUCGAGGCCGGAGGCAAUAUCUUCAGCCAAGGCAGCUGGAACCGGGGAAUAUUGUGGAAUCGCAGAAACACUUUCGUGAUUUUGGGCAACCGGAAGCGAAGCCUCGUGGAGGAUUAUAAUCACCGUCGGAUCAACUUCUCGAACAUAUGUGUCGUUGAGUUGGAAGCCUUCGGAGUAUACGACAAUCCGCGAAAGGUCGCACCCAAUUCAGGCUUUACGUCUGUCAGUGGACCUGGGCAUGUCGAUGGCCUCGAUUUCAACGCAGGGGGUCGAUUGAUGUCGCCUGCAGCAGCUGAGCUAGGCCAAUUGGCCCUGGGUAUGCGCGAGUUGGCCGACAUGGAUUUCCUAGCCAUACAUGGCGAACGUAUCCCUGUCAAUUCUCACCUGAUCGCGCGGCGUUGGGGACCGUAUUUUAAUCAACUGCUUCGCGAAAGCACAAUCCCACCCGAGAAUGGGGAUACCGCGACGCUCCGGCCCGUUGCUGGCGUGCACCCCUCUCGAAACUCGAGCAUAACCAUAACACCGUCAAUUAAGACCUCUUACUCGGCGGCUACGACGCUCACGAACAACACCAUAACCUCUGACACCUCAACUGCCGCAGCCUCCAGCAUUGGACCGCCAGACCCCGCUGCUCAGCCUCCGGCAUUCAGACCCCGCACGCUGUAUCUUCCGCAUACGCAUCUCACUUUACAGGCCCUAAUACACUUUCUCUAUACGUCCUCUUUACCUCCAGUGAAUACAUCCCUUUGCACGCCACAAAUACUGUGCUCGCUUCUGCAACUUGCGAGACCUUAUCACAUCGAUGGUCUUCUUGAGGCCAUUAUCGAACGCUUACACAUGAUCCUCGACAACCGUAAUACAGCUGCCAUAUUCAACGCUGCUGCCAUGGCUGCAGGCGGGGGUUCCGGCGUCAACUUCCUUGGCGUCAACGGCGUCGCUUCGAACGGUACUUCGAACGGAAUUCACGACUCCACGGCGACGUCCUCAGCUGCUGCCCAGCGGUCAUUAGACCCAGGCCUUCGUGCCCUCCGUAUCAACACAGACGUGGUCACAGAACACGACGACGAAGUCAGCUCAGCCGUAUCAUCUGCAACAUCAGCAUCGGCAAGCGACGCAGGAGACGGAAGCGGUAUCAGUGGCGAUCGCGAGGUUUGGAACGGAGAGCUCAGCGCGGUCGUAGGCCUACAAAAACGCGGUCUAAGGGGAUUGAUGGAAGGUCGGCGAGCAAGAGAAAGAGAAAUGGGAAGAGGUAGUAGCAGGAGUAGAGACGAGGGCGGGCCUUCGAAUGGGGAUGGCGUGGGUCUCGGCUUGAUGGCAGGUGGAUCAUGA